AACAGCUGUUCGAAGACACAAGCUUUUCCUCGUUGUUCGCCGUCGGUGCCAUGAGAAACCCCCCCGCAGGAGGAGGAGGAGGAAGAGGAGGAAGAGGAGGAAGAGGAGGAGGCUGUUAACGAGUCUCCAGCACACGGUCCCUGAUCCAUCACAUCCACCGGCCCAGCUCCGGCUCCGGUUCCAGAUCCAGCUCUAGCUCCUGCUCCGGAUCCUACUCCGGCUCCACCUCCUGGUUCCACCUCCUGGUCCUGCUCCUGGUCCGGAUCUCGGUCUCGUCCUAACUGGGAACUUCCCUUCGGAUCCAUGGUGUCAGACCCCCGGUGUGACCAGUGGAGAAGCGGAGGAGACCCCAAGGUGUAAUGAGAGCGCUGGUCAUGGACAGAUGAUGGACGUGGAGACGUCGUACUCGGACUUCAUCAACUGCGAUCGCACAGGCCGCAGGAACGCAGUGCCCGACAUCGAAGGGGAGGAGAAAUCCACGGCCAGCACCAGUGAACUGAGCAAGGACCUGGCUGGGAUGGACCUGAAGGCCGCAGAAGGAGACCCGGGGGCCGCCCCAGCCCCUGAGGCCGAGGGCGCCACCAGCCAAGAUGCCCAGGGAAGCGGAGGCCCGUCCUAGUCCGCCCCCCCCCCCCGGGCGGAGACUGAUGGGGGCCGAGCGGAGGAGAGAAGGGUGGAAAGGAGAGAAAGUGGAGAACGGAAAGAGAGAGUGUUUUUUCCGAGCGGACACGAGACCCCUGGGCUCAGCGCCGGCCGAGUCGCAGCUUCCACUGCUCUGGAUCUGGAUCUUUUCAUUGGACUCUGUUGAAACAUGAGGACCAGAACAGAAGCGACAGUGGAGACUUGUCUUCUUCUUCUUCUUCUUCUUCAGACUCUGUUUCUCGUUUGUUUCCCCCGACCGGACGAGAAAGCUCAGAAACUCUGGAUUCACGUCUGAGGAGAUGGACUCAAACACCGUUCCAAACUAAUAUGGAGCCGUGUCAUCGAGUGAAUAUUCAUAAUCAUCUACGUGUCUUUUUCUUUUUCAUGUCCGUGUGUGAGUUUGUGACCCUGUUGUUCGGUUUCACCAUCGAGUCUUUCCUCUUUUUUCUUUUUGUAACAAACAUAGUCGCAGUUAAAACUUUCGUGUGCGGACUUCAUAUUUAUUGCUAAAUGUUCAGUGAUAACUUUGUGAUAGCAAUUUUUCUUUGUGUAAUAAAAUAACUAUGAACUACUGCAA